AACGCGCGAGCGCGCGCGCUGAGAGGUGCGCGGCAGAGAGAGUGAGAGCGAGCGAGCGAUUGAGAGAGAGAGGGGGGUGAAUGGGCUAGUCCCACAGCAGCAGCACUUCGCCCUUCGCCUCCUCUUCCUCAAUACCCAUUAGUUGUCUGAUCAUAAACACAUCGGCUGCGCCGGGCUAGCUGGCCAGGAGCUAGCUAGAGGCUAUCGGCGGCAUGAAGCGCGCGUGAGACGGCAGCAACCAAACAAGGAAGCUGACGGACGGACGCAGGGACUGACGACAAGCUAUCGCGGCUAGCUGGUUGGACGGCUAAUCUUGUUGCUAAUGUGCGAGGCACGAGCAUGCGAGCUGAUAGCCAGAGCUGACUCGUUGUGGGAUGUCGGGCAGUAAGGCGCUUGGCGGUGGGGCGAGGCGCAGGAGGACGCGGUGCCGCCGCUGCCAGGCGUGCACCCGCAGCGAGUGCGGCGAGUGUCACUUCUGCAAGGACAUGAAGAAGUUUGGGGGGCCCGGACGUAUGAAGCAAUCUUGCCUGCUCAGGCAGUGCACGGCGCCUGUACUCCCGCACACGGCGGUGUGCCUGGCGUGUGGCGAGGCGGGGAAGGAGGACACCGUAGAGGGCGACGAGGACAAGUUCAGCCUGAGCCUGAUGGAAUGUACGAUCUGCAACGAAAUCAUACACCCACGCUGCCUCAAGAUGGGCAAGGCGGAGGGCAUCAUCAACGACGAGAUUCCCAACUGCUGGGAGUGUCCCAAGUGCCACAAGGAGGGGAAAACCAGCAAGGAGCAAGCUGACAUGUUGGCCAAGAGGCGUCUGGACAACGGUGAGCUGGGCCGCUGGAAGCUGACGGACGAACCGCCACCCAAGAAGGAGGCGCCCAGGCCGGAAGGCGGGCACAAGAGGAGGAAGGAGAUGCUGCCCUCGGAUGGCGGACCCAAGAAAAAGAUGAAGGGUGCGCACGAGAAACGUCUCAAAAAGAAGCCCAAACAAGAAGGAGCAGAGUCCAAUGGCCCUGCCUCCUCAGCGGGAGGAUCGUCUCUGGGCUCCACUUCCUUUGUGACAGCAACGGGCGAUGGACUGGGAGGCGGGGGAACCAGCACAGAUCAGCGCUCGCAUCACCGGGAAAAACUGGAACGCUUCAAGAGGAUGUGCCUGCUGGAGCGCCGGCCCGACUCGUCGUCGUCGUCGUCAUCCUCCAGCUCCGAGUCGGACUCCGAAUCAGACUCGGAUAACUCGCUCCGCAGGGUAGGAGCCUCCUCGCCUUCCUCACCGCCUCCCGUCACUCAUGGCAACAGUGGUUCAGGACGGACGGAACGGAGCCGCAACGAGCGGGACCGGCGCCUGGCGGAGUUGGGUUUCAGUGCAAGUGACGAGUCGGACGAUGAGGACGAGGAGCGGGAGGAAGAGGAGCGGGCGGGAGACAAAGUGCGGCGGAGAGGAGAUGGAGACACGCCCGGAGUAGGAGAAGCCUCUGCACUGCGGGGGAGAAAAUCUGCCGCGAUAGACGGAGACGAGGCCGAGCCGCUGCCUUCAGACAGAGUUGGGAAAAACUCGUCCCUCCCGCCGCCCUCGCCGCUCUCAUCCAAUCAAAUGGCCCCGUCCUCACAACACAGCAACGGGCAGGAGCCACGCAACGGACGUGCACGCGGCGAAAAGGAGAACACUAGCAGCCUGCUGACCAAUCACAGACAUGGCGGGGCGGCGGGGGGCGGGACCAAAGGCAACAAGAGUCGACAGAGGAACUCUGUCCCCACUUCCAACGGGGGGCGAGGAGGGAGCGGUAGCGGUGGCCCGCUGGUGUCGGCCACGGCGGCCUCGCCCUGCUCAGGGGCGGCGGGGCGUUCGCAUGUGAUGAAGCGCAGCCCUCCCGCCGUGCCGUCGCCGCCGCGUCCCGUCCAGAUGGAGCGCCACCUGGUGAGGCCGCCGCCCGCCUGCCCCGAGCCCAGCUGCCUCCCGCUGGACUCGGGCUGCGCGCACAUAAUGACGCGCGACGCCUGGCUGUGGGUCUUCACCUUCCUCACCCAGCGUGAGCUGUGCCUGUGCAUGCGCGUGUGUCGCACGUGGAGCCGCUGGUGUUGCGACAAGCGUCUGUGGAGUCGGAUCGACCUGAGCCGACAGCGCUCCAUCACGCCACCCAUGCUCAGCGGGAUCAUUCGCAGACAGCCCGUCUCGCUCAACCUUGGACACACCAACAUCUCCAAGAAGCAGCUCGUCUGGCUCAUCAGCCGCCUGCCAGGCCUGGCGGAGUUGACGGUGGCGGGCGUGGCGUGGCCAGCAGUGUCGGCGUUGUGUCAGGGCGUGCGGUCGUGUUUGCGCAUGUUGGACUUGAGCGGUGUGGACGACUUGAAGGACGCUCACCUGAGGGAGCUGCUGGCCCCACCCCCCGACAGCAGGACAGGGCGCGGCGGCAGUGGCGGCGCGGAGCCGCGAGCGGGCCGUUUUCACAACGUGACGGAGCUGCGGCUGUCCGGGCUGGACCUGACGGACGCGGCAUCCCGCCUGCUGGUGCGCUUUGUGCCGCGUCUGGCCAAGCUGGACCUCAGCCACUGCGCCAACGUGUCGGAUCACAGUGUGGCCACGCUGGCUGCGCCCACCUCGCCGCUCAGACACACCCUUACGCACCUCAACCUGGCAGGUUGUGUGAAGGUGACUGAGCAGAGCGUCCCGCUGUUGCGCCGUUGUCCGUCCCUGCAGACGGUGGACCUUCGCUCGUGUUCGCUGCUUCCCACCGAAGCGGGACAACUCCUCUGCUUCCCAGCGCAGCCGUCCUCGUCUUCGUCCUCGUCCGCUUCCUCUUCCUCCGUCUCCAACGCCACGCUCGCUGCUUCCACUUCCUGUCCGCCUGAGGACAGGACGCUGCUAAAGAACAGCUAAACGCUAAGUGCCCCGUGGCAUCAUGGGACAUUUGAGAACACUACAGGUGAGGAGGAGGAGGAGAAGAAAGAGGAGAAAUGUGUUGGCAUACCUCUGAGCGUGUACAUAUUUGUUCUCUGUACAAACGUCUGUGUGUGUGUGUGUGUGUGUGUGUGUGUGUGUGUGUGUGUGUGUGUGUCUGUCUCUCUGUCUCUGUAGUUUCAUGUAAAUGAGCCCGCACACCCCCAGAGACCACCACUUUCACGACCCCCGACCCAAAGCCGUAGAAAUCAACUAAUGUGACACAACAUCGCAGGCAGUGCAACUGAUUAGAUUCCAAAAUGGAUUAUACAGAAUAGAUCUUUUCCACAGAAAGCUCACAAUGUUUAUCUGUGAUGUUCAUCUGACGGUAGCAUCGCAGCCACUAAAUGCGCGAGGAGGAGGAAGAUGCUCCCAAUUUGAAGACAACAGAGGGUUUUUUUUUGUUUUUUUUUUUUUUUUUUGCUUGUUUAUUUUAUUUGUUACCAAGGCAAGCACCCCCGGUCUUAAGACAUAUCAUUUUUUUGACACCAAAUCAUUUUUCAUAUCUUCAAAGUAAUGAUGCAUCAUAUUGCUGAGGUUGUAUUUGAUGAAUAUAGUGUCGGGUUCAUCUCCCACUGGCGUCCUCCUUUUGGGAACCAGUGCAUCCUCGCACCUAGUCAGGGGCGAUUAGAACAGCCGACGGCCCAGACAAGCAAGCCUUUGGACACAAUACACCAUAAAAUCCACUUUUAAAAGCCAAAAUGUGUCCUGAAGCUAAUGCAAGGUAAAGACAGGAAUAGAGACAACAUGGCGUCCAUAAACCACGUGACUUGGGUUAAACCGGUGCCGAGCAGUGUGCUGACUUGAAAGAAAGUCCUUGCUUUGGUUUCUACGGCUUUGGCCCCCGCCCCCGUUCACCUGCGUGUCAGCACAACUGCAGGAAGUCUUCCCUCUUGUCAAGACGUUCUUUGCUAGGCUAAGCUGAGUCAUACGCUACCGAACUAGGCUAAGUCAUAAUGCUGUGGAUCUUAAGCUAGUCUUGCUGUGCUGUUCAGGUUUAAAGGGGAACUAAACCAAAGAUGUCAAGCCUUUUUCGAAAUUAAAUGUGCAUAUAUUUUUACUCGUGGUGUUUGAACGAACAUCUACUUUUUAACCAACCAACCUCCCGCGAUUGACCCGUUACCACACGUGCACGCAUACAUGCGCACCCAUGCACAUGCGCGCAUACGCAUGCAUGCGCACAUACCCGGGCACCCCUGUCUUAAGUGAUGCUUUUUCCUAAAAUAUACAAAAUAUGUUUCUAAAUAUUAGCAUUCACUCAUACUUAUUCACCAAGCCGCCUCCCUUUCAAGACAGUUUCAUAGGCCAACAUAAAGUUUGAACAAAGCACGCUCAGUCUAACUAGUAAUGUGACCUGCAGCCACCAUCUUUGUGGAAUGAGCACUUCAAACACCACUAAUAUACUGCUCUUCUCACCUAUUAUUGUUCCAUUUCCACUAUUUUACUUGAAAAGUAAGACAUUUUGAUGCAUCGAUGUGAAGAAUAUCUUGCAUGCAAAUGUAUGUAUUCCUGGGUUUAGUUCCCCUUUAAGGAAAUGUCCUCUUUUGGAGAUGAUGAUCUGGUUCAUGUUAGCAUAGUUGGCACAAAAAUACGCUGUGCUGGCUUUUGCAUUUUAGCAACAGUAAUUGAAGAAGAAGACAAGUAAAACAAUUUUGGAGGUGAAUGUCAGAGGACCCUUCCUGUUAAGCUAGGCUAACUAGCCGCUGUUCCGCUUGUCAUAUGGUAUGUGCACACAUGGACUCCAGUGUUCACGGUUGCAUGUUUUGUCACUCCAAAACAGUCGGCGGGCUCGGCAACCACAUGGUUUUUCUGAAAAGCCCUCUCGGUUUUGGCGACUUGCCAUUCCAUGCUAACUUUGUCUUGUAUGUCGUCAACUUGACUAGCAGCGAGCUAACAGUGUUGGCAACAGAUCACCCGACGCUUGCAAUGCUAUGAAUCGGUUAACAAAAAUCAAUCUGAGAUGAUUUUCCGAGCUCAUUAGCAUGUUAGCAGACCGGGCUCGUCAGCUAGCAUUUGGUGGCGCGCUAACAGAUGGUUGAUCAAAAGUCGGAAGGCUCACCGGAUGAAAGAACAAAAGCUUACCAAAUGUUGAAAUAAGCUUCAUUUUUCAAUUGUUUACACAAGUCUUUGACUGUUGGUCGGACAAAACUGUGACAAAUUGUGGCCGUUCAGCAGCGGCUUGUCAAAUCGCUCCUUAUUUUACUUGCUAGCAGUGCUGGCAGAGUGCCAGCUUGUUGGAUGAUUGCAAGGUUUGCUUCCUGUUCACCUUGUGUCAUCAAGUUGAUCACUCAACUAUAGAGUUCACUAUAUAAAAAUAGCUAACAAUAUAUAUACAUAUAUAUAUAUAUAUAUAUAUGAUUAAGGACUUAUUCUUUCAGUCCUAGAGUCAACUAUUUAGUCCACUAUAUAAAAAUCUUAAUAGAGUGAAUUCUGGAGUUGUUCAUUAGCAACUGUCUAAGUCCACUGUCUAAAAAUCCCCAUGGUCACGCGCUAGCAGGAUGCUAGCAGGGUUGGCUUCCCGUUAGCCGUGUCGUGCCAACAAGUUUGCUGGUCAACUCACAUGUUGAUUGUGUGUAUGUGUGUGGGGGGUGGUUUUUUUUUUUUUUUUUUUGGUUUUGUUUUUUUAAUUCUGCUUUUCCCGUCUUGUGCAGGUUAGCCUCCAAGUUGCCUGGCAACAAGUGGGGAGAUGAAAUCUGAUUGGACGAAGGUCCUCCUAGCUCUUAACUAUUUAGCAGUACACGCGCUGAAUCGACGUAUUUGUAUUUCUGGAUAUUUUCAAAUGCACUGGAUCAUCAGGACCUUCAUCCAUCCUUUGCCAAAAUGUGUUUUCUUGUAAAAAGGGGCAUUUUAUUUGAUUUUGUCAUUUUGUUGUUCUUAUACUUUGUCCAAAACUCUUCCUUUGUGUUGAUGGGAAGAUGAGGAGGCAACUUGGAAGAAAAAGCAAAAGAGCAACUCAAGGCAGCUAUGACGAAUGAGUGACUACUGUAAAACAAAUAAAGAACCAAUGAGUUGUUUUUUUUAAAUUCCAUUUUUUAACGUUAUAAGACGACUGUGCUCUUCAGGAGGGCGGAGCUUCGCCCACCUGACAUCCUGUCCGUUGUAGGACAAAUAAAACAGACAUGUCAUCAACACAUGACAUGCUCUGCAUGUGUUUAUGCUUAUAAUAAACGGUUACUAUUUAAGAAGCACACAUCCAUUGAAAAAAAAUGUUCGAUAUAACGCAAGGCUGGAAUUGGGCCGAAACCUG